AUGCACAUCCAGGUUUACCGCUCCCUGGGCCUCAACCAGUCCGAGAUCGACACGUACUUCACCGGGCCGGCGUUCCUGGCCUGGAACCGCAUGGGGAACCUCCGUGGCUGGGCAGGGCCGCUGCCGCCCGCCUGGCACAUCAAACAACUUUACCUGCAGUACCGGAUCGUGGAGAGGAUGCGCUCGCUGGGGAUGACCACGGUGCUGCCAGCCUUUGCGGGCCACGUGCCCCACGGGGUUCUCCGGGUCUUCCCACGUGUCAAUGCCACUCGCCUUGGAGGCUGGAGCCACUUUGACUGCACCUACUCAUGUACCUACCUGCUGGACCCCGAGGACCCCAUGUUCCAGGUGAUCGGGACUCUCUUCCUGAAGGAGCUGAUCAAGGAGUUUGGCACAGACCACGUCUAUAGCGCCGACACCUUCAACGAGAUGACCCCCCUCUCCUCUGACCCUGCCUAUCUCUCCAGGGUCAGCAACGCUGUCUUCAGGUCGAUGGCAGGAGCUGACCCCGAGGCGCUGUGGCUGAUGCAGGGCUGGCUCUUCCAGCACCAGCCGGACUUCUGGCAGCCAGCGCAGGUGCGGGCGCUGCUGCACGGGGUGCCCCUCGGCAGGAUGAUCGUUCUUGACCUUUUUGCUGAGUCCAAGCCUGUCUAUCAGUGGACAGAGUCCUUCUACGGGCAGCCUUUCAUCUGGUGCAUGCUGCACAACUUCGGGGGCAAUCAUGGCCUCUUUGGCACCGUGGAGGCCAUCAACCAUGGCCCUUUUGCUGCUCGCCGCUUCCCCAACUCCACCAUGGUGGGCACAGGGCUGGUGCCUGAGGGCAUUGAGCAGAAUGACAUGGUGUACGAGCUGAUGAACGAGCUGGGCUGGCGCCAGGAGCCCCUGGACCUCCCCAGCUGGGUGCCCCGCUAUGCCGAGCGCCGCUAUGGUGCCCCGAACGGCGCCGCGGCCGCCGCCUGGCGCCUGCUCCUCCGCAGUGUCUACAACUGCACUGGUGUCUGCGUCAACCACAACCGCAGCCCGCUGGUGCACCGGCCCUCCCUGCGCAUGGACACCGAGCUGUGGUACAACGCCAGCGACGUCUACGAGGCCUGGCGCCUGCUGCUGAGCGCCAGCGCCCAGCUGGGCUCCAGCCCCCCCUUCCGCUACGACCUGGUGGACGUGACGCGCCAGGCGGCCCAGCAGCUGGUGGGCGACUAUUACCUGAGCCUGCGCCGGGCCUUCCAGAGCCACGCGCUGCCGGAGCUGCUGACGGCCGGUGGUGUGCUGGUCUACGACCUGCUCCCGGAGCUGGACAGCCUGCUCUCCAGCCACCGCCUCUUCCUGCUGGGCCGCUGGCUGGAGAGAGCCAUUGCCAUGGCAACCAGCGACCAGGAGGCCGAGCAGUACGAGCUGAAUGCCCGGAAUCAGGUGACACUCUGGGGGCCCAGCGGGAACAUCCUGGAUUAUGCCAACAAGCAGCUGGGGGGGCUGGUGCUGGACUACUACAGCGUGCGCUGGAGCCUCUUUGUCUCUGCCCUGGUGGAGAGCCUGAACUCGGGCAACCCCUUCCACCAGGACAAGUUCAACCAGGCUGUCUUCCAGGUGGAGAGAGGUUUUGUGUAUAACCAGAAGCGCUACCCAAUCACACCAACUGGGGACACGCUGGAGAUCUCCAGGAAGCUGUUCCUCAAAUACUACCCCAGUGCCCUGCAGCGCAGCCAGGCUGGACUGGCAUGA